AUGGAUACAAGAUCUUCUUCAUCAGCUACUCGUGUAUCAGAUUCCACGCCUUUAAAAAAAUACCGAGCGACAAACGGAAGUAAGAAGAACUCACAAAGUACGAAACCAGUGCAAGUAAUUGGAGUAAUUAAAACCAAGCAAGAGAAGACAAACGAGACUGUAAAAGCACUGCAAGUGUGUGUGCGAGAAGACAAGGAGAAUCCCAAUUUAACUGCAAUGGGAGGCACAUUACGGUCGCAAUCUCUUGAGUGCAAUUUUGAGACAACGACGUCCAUGAAGAAUGUAAACGAAGAAGAGAAAAUGGAAAGUUCGGCAGUGGUUACUGCUAUGGCUGCUGCUGGUGCUACUGCUACUGCUAUGGCUGCUACUGGUGCUACUGCUACUGCUAUGGCUGCUACUGGUGACGCUGUAGUAAUGGAAGAGAAGCACAAGAUGAAUGUCUCGGCUAUCAAGCAUGAGGAGGUGAUACGACCUGUUGUAGUCCAAGACCACAAACCUCAUGCUCUUCCUUUUGUCAAGACGGGAGAGAAUAGUUUUGGACGACUUGUUGUGGCUGCACCUUUUGGUGUUUUGACAGUUGGAAAGCGAAAACGAGAGGAGGAAAGUGAAGUGAUUGGCAUGUCAGAUUUUGUAGCUUAUGCUAGAGAACAUAUUCAUAGUCAAGAAGCAGGAGAAGAGGGUUUCUCCAUUGAUCCGUCUGAACGCGCAGUAGAGCACCGUGCUAGUAAGGUGGUGCGUCGCGAAAUAUUGAUUGCGUCACCAGCUGCAAAUGACGAGGACGAUUGGGAAGGCGGCAACAGAUCCCUGAAAGUCAAACUGAAUGAGGUCGAAGCGGUGCUGACACCAUCGGAGCACUUUGACUUGCAGCCCAUUGACAUUAUCUUACACGUGUUUUCUUUUUUGGUCACCGCGAAAGACCUACAAAGUAUGGCACAAGUAUCGAUGAAGUGGAAAGAGCUGACCAGUCGACGAUCAUUGUAUCGAUCACUUCUAAGUGUAACACCUGAAGGAUCGGUAAACUGGAUCAACUUUACGAAUUUGGGCAUUAAGAACAAGGGGACCGAGGGAACCUGUAUUAAAUGCUGUCAGCGCUCGACUGGCAAGAUGUUGGCUAUGAAGAAGGCCAGAGUAUUCCCAAAGGGAGAGGGGGUACCAUAUUAUAUGCUUAGAGAGUUAGCUGUUCUGAAAGGAAUCAAGCACGAUCACAUUGCAUCUCUUGAACUCAUUAGCCUUGCCAAAGACGAACUACAUGUGUUUUUUCCUUACGUGGACAAAACGUUACAUGAAGUUAUUAACCCGACGGGGGAUCCUAUGGGCGGCCGUGUGUUGCCAGAGGCUGUGAUUCGCAAGCUUCUCCACCAGCUUCUUGAUGCAAUCGCGUACUGCCACCGCCGUGGAGUCUUACACCGUAAUCUAAAGCCAAAGCAUUUGCUGAUUAAGACGUCUGACGCUGCAAACCUGAGUGACGCAACACUACAAAUAUCGGACUUUGCGCUCGUCCGAGCAACGGGAAUUCCUCGCCGAACUUACACGAUGGAGGUAGUUACGUUGUGGUACCGCCCCCCAGAAAUCUUAAUGGGAGUGCGCGGCUACUCUUCGGCUGUUGACAUUUGGUCUGUUGGCUGUAUCUUUGCUGAGAUGGCCCAAGGCAAGCCGCUUUUUACUGGCAUAUCUGAGAUUGACCAGCUAUUCCAAAUUUUUAGCAAGUUGUCGACACCAACGUCGGAGACAUGGCCAGGUUUUUCAUCGUUGCCAAAUUACCACUUUGAUUUUCCGCACUGGAAACGUCGACCCUUAAAUCGCCUGUUUCCAAAGAUCUCGGAUCUUGGUAUCGAUCUAUUGACGAAGCUCCUCGUGUACAAUCCCGACCAGCGAAUUUCAGCUGAAGACGCGCUUCGUCACCCGUAUUUCUCUAACACGACUCCUGGAUUCUCAUCUCUUACACCUAAAAUUCCAAUGGACCAAAUGUGCUACACAAUGAGUCGAGCACGAGUUGGUCCUACGCCAGAGCAUGUGGAGUUGUUCCACGCUUACUUGCGUCAAACGGAAUUGGAGUCGUGGAAGGAAAUUAAAUAUUUGAGCCGGCAAAAGACUCUUCGACCAGCCCACCGAUCGAUGCUUGUCGAUUGGCUGAUUGAAGUUGUAGACGUGUUUGAGAUGUGCCUGAGAACAGCGUUUCUGGCGGUCAAUUAUACCGACCGAUAUUUGGACAUCGUUAUGGUAAAAAAGACUCAGUUUCAACUGCUUGGAGCGACAUGUUUGCACGUUGCAUCCAAGUGCGAGGAUGUAUCCUAUAUUGGUGUAGAAGAUCUUGCAAUGUGUGCUGAUAACGUAUACACGUCCGUGGAAGUGUUGGAGAUGGAAGAAAAAUUGUUGAAUACCCUCAACUUUACACUCUCGGUACCCACUGCUUUGGAUUUCUUGAAUAUUUACGAGCGUAUGAUUCCGCCUAUUCAGAAAAAGACGUCGAUGCUGGCACACUACUUGCUUGAGUUGGCGUUGCAAGAGUACCAGUUCUUGAAGUAUUUGCCAUCGGUAGUUGCUGCAUGCUGCCUCUCGAUGGCAAUGUACACAAUGGAUGGAUUUCCGAUGACAAAAGAGCUGGUGGAUGCAUGCCAAUACAAUUGGUCAAACCUGAAAGAGUGUAUGGGAGAGCUUCAGACGCUGUACUUUAACUCUCCAUCAAACAACUUGGCGGUGAUUAAGAAGCGCUACUCAAAGGCUGAGCGGUGCCAGGUGGCGAAUGUACUCCCGCCAGCAUCAUACAAUAUGGCAUUUUAG